AUGGAGCCCUCCAUUUUGAUCAUUGGGGCUGGCACAUUUGGGACCUCGACAGCAUACCAUUUGGCUCAAACAUACAAGGAUGCUUCGAAAGUCACGAUUAUCGAUCGUUCCCCUUCUCCGCCCAAACCGGCUGCGAGCAUCGAUGCCAAUCGUAUCAUCAGGACAGAUUAUCCGAGCAAGUUGUAUUGUGAUCUGGCUUGUGAGGCCAUUCAUUCGUGGUUCUGGAGUUUGGAACUUGUCGGCUGGUUGAUGCUAGAUGAGAAGGGCAGCACGCUCUCUGACCGGAUCAUCGAGACCUUCCUCGAGCGAGGAUCAACGCAAGCCGAGCGACUCGACUUGAACAAGCUGGAUGAACGAUGGCCUCUACUAAGAGGCACAGAGACUGCAGGCUUCAAUUCCUCGUACUUCAACUGCGAAGCCGGAUGGUGUGAUGCCGCGAGCGCUACCGCAAGUUUCAUGUCCGCAGCGCAGAAAAAAGGCGUCAAAAGAGUCACCGGCCGAGUCGUGGAACUUCUCCUAGACACCAAAGCCGGGAAGAUCAGAGGAGCUCGAACCGAAGACGGGAAAGAAUAUCUCGCGGACAAAAUCGUUCUGGCGACGGGUGCUUGGACUAGCAUGAUACUCUCCCCUAUCGAAGAUGCUUUGAAUCUCCCAGACAAGGACAGGAUCGAACGGCAAGUCCAAGCUACUGGUAUAGCAGCCGCUUACUACCGUCUCUCCGAAGAAGAAGUCUCUCAAUUCACUGCGGCGAAUUUACCAGUUAUCGUAUAUGGUGGCAAAGGCGAAGUGAUCCCUCCCUCGAAAUCCAACAGACUUUUGAAAAUUUCAAACUCGAAAAGAGGAAUCAUUAAUACUAUCACUACGAAAUCAGGGAGCAAGAUCUCCGUUCCUUGCUCGGAUGAAAGCCAGUAUAAUGUUCCUGCAUUCAUCAAACGCGAAACUGAGGAUAUUAUCGCUUCAAAGGUCUUGCCGGAUUUUGUGCGUGGGAAGCAGCCUGAAUAUUGGCGCAUAUGUUGGGAUGCCCAAACGCCCGACGAGAACUUUCUCAUGUGUAGACACCCAGACGAGAAGCUUGGUAAUUUGUAUCUUGCUGUGGGAGGUAGCUUCCACGCCUACAAAUUUCUGCCGAAUGCUGGAAAGUACAUGCUCAAUGUUCUAGCUGGAGAGGGUAAUGGACCGGAAAAGGACAAGGCGUGGGGGUGGAAAGUUGAAGGAGAAUUCAAGGACGAACAUCAAUUUGGUCUUUUGAUUGAGAAGACGGUGUCGAAGAAGGAAUUGAGGGAUUUGCAGGCGGCGGAUUGUCGUUCUCGGCUUUGA